AUGGGCGGCCGUCAAUCCGUCCCGCGUGGGCCCGACGGGCUCAACGAGACGUCACGCCCGACGCGUCCGCCGGGCUCCUUCAAGUUCAACGGCAGGACCAUGAUGGCCCCGCUGGCCGCCAUCACCAUGGCCGGCCUCCUCUUCGUCUACACUCGCACCUCGAUCCGCGCUGCAAAGCUCAACGCUCAGAAGCACCGAGAAGCAGACGGCGGCCAGAUCAGCUGGAAGAACGAGUCGCUUCGCCGCCACCACCAGACAGACCAAGUGUCGGAGUCAUCGUUGCUGAGGGAAGCCUUGUUUAGCAAGGAAAAGGUCAAGUCUAGUAGGGAAGCCCAGGCCUCUUCCGGAGACAAGUCGGCCGACGAGGAGGCCUUGGAGAGGGUCAAACUCGAGAGGCGAGGAUAG